AUGUAUGAGGACGAGGGCGUGGAAGAAAUCAGCCAGGAGGAUUGCUGGGACGUAAUCAAGGCCUUUUUUGAAGAAAAGGGCCUUGUACGUCAGCAAAUUGACAGUUUUAAUGAGUUCAUGAGCAACACUGUUCAGGAACUCGUGGAAGAGAGCAAGAGUCUCACGCUUGAGCAAAGUGAUCAGCACACUGGUCAGGCCGAGGAUAAGACUCGUCGUUAUGAGAUUGAAUUUGGACAGAUCUACAUGAACAAGCCGCAACAGACAGAGGCGGAUGGUAGCACGGCACCGCUGUUCCCCCAGGAAGCUCGGCAACGAAAUCUGACAUAUUCUGCUGGCCUGCACGUGGACGUGUCUCAAAAAGUGCUGGUGAAGGGUGAGGAGGACGAGCUUGAUGAAAAUGGUGAUCAACUAUGGAUCCCUGAUCCUACCCAGGAGGAGAUUGUAGACGAAAAAGUGUACCUGGGCAAAGUGCCUAUUAUGCUUCAUUCGCACUUUUGUUGGCUCACGGACUUGCCGGAUGAGGGCAAAUACAGUUUGAAUGAGUGUCCAUUUGAUUCUGGUGGCUAUUUCAUCAUCAAUGGUUCAGAAAAAGUUUUGAUUGCGCAGGAGCGCAUGGCGGCAAACCAUGUGUAUGUAUUCUCUAAAGCGCCGCCAUCGCCCAUCACGUUCUUGGCUGAGAUCCGCAGUGCCGUGGAACGUGGUGGCAAGACCAUUAGCACAAUGCAGGUAAAGCUCUUCUCGCGCAAUCGGGAAAAGAGCCUAAACAAUACUAUCAAGGCAACGUUGCCUUACAUUCGAAAUGACAUUCCCAUCGUAAUUGUGUUCCGUGCGCUGGGUGUGGUGCCAGAUCGCGAUGUACUGCAGCACAUUUGCUACGACUUUAAUGACACACAAAUGCUUGAAAUGCUCAAGCCGUGCAUUGAAGAGGCAUUCGUGAUUCAGGAUCGCGAGGUGGCUUUGGACUUCAUUGGUCGCCGUGGCACGACGACAGGUCUCUCGAGAUUUAAGCGUACGGCGUACGCGCAGGAAAUUUUACAGAAAGAAAUGCUUCCACACAUUUCUAUGUCGGAAGGAUCCAAUACGAAGAAAGCAUACUUUUUCGGCUACAUGGUGCAUCGUCUUCUCCUUGCUGCGCUGGAUCGCCGCGAGAUUGAUGACCGUGACCACUUCGGCAAAAAGCGUCUCGACUUGGCGGGCCCGCUACUCAGUGGCCUCUUUCGCAUGCUUUUCCGCAAAGUAACGCGCGAUAUCUACCGUCACCUGCAACGAUGCGUGGAAGAUCAGCGCGAAUUUCACCUGCAAGCGGCUGUGCGACACGCCACUAUUACGAAUGGCCUGCGCUACUCACUAGCCACCGGCAACUGGGGUGAUCAAAAGAAGGCUAUGCAAUCAAAGGCUGGUGUCUCUCAAGUGCUGAACAGGUAUACGUUUGCUUCAACGUUAUCGCAUCUACGCCGGUGCAAUACACCUAUUGGCCGGGAUGGCAAGAUUGCCAAGCCUCGACAGCUGCACAACACGCACUGGGGCAUGGUCUGCCCCGCCGAGACUCCAGAGGGUCAGGCUUGUGGUCUUGUGAAGAAUCUCAGUCUCAUGUCUAACAUUUCGGUCGGUACACCAUCGGCGCCGAUCGUCGAGUUCCUAGAGGAGUUUGGCCUCACGAGCCUGAUCGACAUGCAAGGUGCUGAUCCGAAGGCAACGAAAGUGUUUGUGAACGGCGUGUGGCUCGGCACACAUGAUGAUCCAGGCCAGCUUGUCGACACGCUGCGCGAUUUGCGUCGAAAAGACGAUAUUAGUCACGAAGUGAGUGUCGUUCGAGACAUUCGAGAGAAGGAGUUGCGUAUCUACACAGAUGCAGGUCGUUUGCUGCGCCCCCUGUUUAUUGUGGACCAGCCAAGUAUGACACUGCUGAUCAAGCGGCAUCAUGUUGAGGCUUUGAACGAAGAGACGGGUGAAGGUUGGGACUGGACGCGACUGGUUCAAUCUGGUGUAAUAGAGUAUCUCGACACGGAGGAAGAGGAAACUGUCCUGAUAUGCAUGAGUCCAUACGAUUUGGAACAGUCACGAGAGUACAAGGCAACGAACGGGCAUAUGCCACCAGACAUGUCGGACGCCACGCGCCGCUUGCGCUCAGCUCACACCUUUGCCGCUGACACGUGGACGCAUUGCGAAAUUCAUCCAGCUAUGAUCCUGGGCGUUUGUGCGAGUAUUAUUCCUUUCCCUGAUCACAACCAGUCGCCACGUAAUACAUACCAGUCAGCCAUGGGUAAACAGGCAAUGGGCGUGUUCCUUACGAACUACCAAAUCCGUAUGGAUACGAUGGCGAAUAUCUUGUACUAUCCUCAAAAGCCACUCGCGACGACACGGGCAAUGGAACACUUGCGGUUCCGUGAGUUGCCUGCUGGUCAAAAUGCGAUUGUUGCGAUUCUGUGCUACUCAGGCUACAACCAGGAAGAUUCGGUCAUUAUGAACCAGUCGGCCAUUGAUCGAGGUCUAUUCCGGUCGUUGUAUUACCGGACGUUCCAGGAUAUGGAGAAGAAGGUCGGCGUAAUCACAAUGGAGGAGUUCGAGAAACCUACACGCGAUACAGCGAUCCGUUUGAAGCACGGCACGUACGAGAAACUCGACGUUGAUGGUCUCGUGCCGCCAGGCACUCGUGUGUCGGGAGAGGAUAUCAUUAUUGGCAAGACAGCGCCGUUGCCGCCUGACAGUGAUGAGCUUGGUAUGCGAAGUAAAAUGCAUACGAAGAAGGACGUCAGUACACCGAUGAAGAGCACAGAGAGUGGCAUUAUUGACCAGGUGCUCAUCACCACUAACGGCGAGGGUGCCAAGUUUGUCAAAGUGCGUGUGCGUUCGACGCGUGUGCCACAGGUCGGUGACAAGUUCGCUUCUCGUCAUGGUCAAAAAGGCACCAUCGGAAUUACCUAUCGGCAAGAAGACAUGCCCUUCACGUGUGAGGGUAUCACGCCAGACAUUAUCAUCAAUCCACAUGCCAUUCCUAGUCGUAUGACCAUUGGUCACUUAGUCGAGUGCUUGCUAUCAAAAGUUGCCACAUUGUCAGGACAGGAAGGCGACGCGACGCCAUUCACCGAUCUUACAGUGAAGGGUGUGAGUGAUAUUCUCUUCUCCUUGGGCUUCCAAUCACGUGGUCUGGAAGUGAUGUACAAUGGCCACACUGGCCGCAAGUUGCAGGCGCAAGUGUAUCUUGGUCCAACGUAUUACCAGCGCCUGAAGCACAUGGUGGAUGACAAGAUCCACAGUCGUGCGCGUGGUCCUGUUCAGAUCCUGACGCGCCAGCCUGUGGAAGGCCGUUCGCGCGAUGGUGGCUUGCGAUUCGGUGAGAUGGAGCGUGAUUGUAUGAUUUCACAUGGUAUGGCAAACUUCUUGAAAGAGCGCAUGUAUGAUGCGAGUGAUGCGUACCGACUGCAUAUUUGUGAUCUUUGCGGACUGACCGCCGUUGCCAACCUGCGAAAGAGCACGUUCGAAUGCCGUGCAUGUCGCAACCGCUCGGCGAUUUCUCAAAUACACAUUCCCUACGCGGCAAAGCUUCUCUUCCAGGAGCUUAUGAGUAUGGGUAUUGCCUCACGGUUGUACUAA